AUGACUUGUGCAUACUGUAAGAAACCUGGUCAUACUAUGGAUAGCUGCUGGAAGAAGCAAGGAAAGUGCCUGAAAUGCGGAAGUAGCGAGCACCAAAUUUCUGGGUGUCCAAAAAUGCAGGAAGGGACUACUUCGAAUGCUAGACCAAACACUUCUGGAGGGAGCCGGCCGACAGUUCCUGCCAGAGUGUAUGCUAUAGGUGACCAACCUGUACCUAAUGCCUCGGAAGUGGUGGAAGGUACACUCCCGAUUUUUCACCGAUUAGCUAAAGUGUUAAUUGACCCUGGUGCAACCCAUUCAUUCGUUAAUCCAUCGUUUAUGUCUGGAAUAGAUGUGCAACCUGUUAAAUUACCAUUCGAUCUUGAAGUUAGCACACCCAUGGGAAAUAAGAAUGUAAUCACUAGUCUGGUUUAUAAGAAUUGUGAAUUCUGGAUUGGAGAGCGUAAAAUGCUAGUGGAUUUGAUCAGUCUGGACAUAAAAGGUUAUGAUGUUAUAAUAGGAAUGGAUUUUCUAGGCUAUCAUCAUGCUAAACUUGACUGCCGAGCGAAAGUGGUGGAAUUUUGUAUACCUGGUGAAGCAACCCUGAGGUUAGAUGUCAAGGGUAGGUUAGCAUCAUCCGCUAUGAUCUCAGGAAUUCGAGCUAGGAAAAUGUUGUCAAAAGGAGCGCAAGAUUUCUUAGCUUUCUUGAUAAACGCUCCCAGUAACCAAGUGAAGCUGGAAGAUGUACCAGUGGUACGGAAAUUUCCGGAUGUUUUUCCCGAAGAGCUAAGGACUUUACCGCCGGAAAGAGAAGUGGAAUUUAAGAUUGACUUGAUGCCUAGAACGGCUCCAAUUUCUAAGACCCCGUAUCGAAUGGCUCCUGCCGAGCUAAAAGAGUUGAAAAUUCAAUUACAGGAUCUGUUGGAAAAAGUCAUGCCUUUUGGAUUAACCAACGCACCGGCUGCUUUCAUGGACCUAAUGCAGAGAAUUUUUAAGAAGCAUCUGGACCAAUUUGUAGUGGUUUUCAUAGAUGAUAUCCUGAUUUACCCUAAGACUCGAGAGGAGCAUGCUAAGCACCUAGGGGUGGUUUUGCAGAUACUAAGAGAACAUAAGCUGUAUGCCAAAUUCAGCAAGUGUGAGUUUUGGUUGACUGAGAUAUCUUUUCUAGGACACAGAGUUUCUGAAGAUGGAAUUGCCGUGGAUCCGGCAAAAGUUGAGGCUGUUAUGAAUUGGAAACAACCAGAAACUCCAACUGAAGUUAGAAGCUUCUUGGGUUUAGCAGGUUAUUAUAGGCGAUUUAUUCAGGAUUUCUCGAAAAUUGCAGGACCUAUGACUGAGCUAACCAAGAAAGGAGCCAAGUUUGUCUGGACUCCGAAGUGCGAGUCAAAGAAGGUUUGGGAUGUGUUUUAA